AUGGAAACUCCGCAGUCGCAGCAGCAGCAGCGGGUGCUGCAGCAGCAACAGCAGCAGAAGCUGCAGCAGCAGCAGGACUCCCGCGCACGCCUGGUGCCUGCGUUUGCAAGCAGCAGCAGCAGCUCAGUCUCUACGAAGGUCUUCUAUGGAGAUGCAGCAGCAGCACGCAGCAGCUACAACGGCCCCCAGCGGCCGCCAUCACAGCAGCAGCAGCAGCAGCAGCAGCAGCAGCAGCAGCGAAAUCAGCAGCAGCAGUACAAGCAGCAGCAGCUGGAUGAGAGGGCGCGAUUGAAGCCCUUAAACAGAAACAACGCCGCUGGCAACCUGCCGGACCAGAGCCAGAAGCACCAGCAACAGCAGCAGCAGCAACUGCAGCAGCAGCAGCAAGGGCAGCAGCAACUGCAGCAGCAGCAGCAAGGGCAGCAGCAACUGCAGCAGCAGCAGCAGCAGCUUAUAAGGGGAGAGUCCAUUCAGAGCCUCCCGGUGUAUCCACUGAAGCCCUGUCUCCUCCGUAGGCCCCAACUACACUGCAGCAGUCAACGCUCCCUUCGUGAUUCUCUGCAGCAUAACCCGCAGCAGCAGCAGCAGCAACUACAGCAGCAGCAGCAAGGGCAGCAGCAACUGCAGCAACAGCAGCCACACCAGCAGCAACACUUCGCAGAGGCUGCCACGCCCUUCUGCUACCCAAUUAAUAACAAUCCAGCAGCAACGGAAGCAGCAAACAAGGCUUCAGAUGCUGCAGCAGCACCAGCAGCAACUGCAGCAGCACCAACUUCAGCAGCAGCAAGUGCAGCAGCAGAGGGCGCAGGAGCAGCAGAGACUGCUUCUGCGCAGCAAACCAAAGAAUUGUCUCCCUCUAUAAACUGCGGCGCGACGCUAGGGAGACAGGUGCAGCAGCAGCAGCAACACCUGCAGCAGCAGCAACAGCAACAGCAACAACAGCCACGGCAGCUGAUGCAGCAGCAUGUCUUUAGACGUACUUCUCUGUCUAUCGAAGCUGCUGCUUCAGGCUGCACGCGCCGCAGCCUUCCGCCUAUGACAGCAGCAACUGCUACAGCAACAGCAGCAACACCAAAAGCAGCAGUAGCAGCAGCAACUCGUGCUGCUGUUGCUGCUGCUGCACUCAUGAGAUCUCCCCUUAGCUCUGAAGAUAUAAACUCGGAGACCUCAGCCUGGAGGCAGCAGCAAAUACGAAGGCCUCCGGGGGAGGCAGCUCCGCAGCGCAUGCCGCAGCUGCAGCAGCAAACCGUUUCGUUUGCUGCAGCAGCUGCAGCAACGCAUGCAGGGGAAGGCGUAGCAGCAGCAACAGCACCGCCUGCAGCUGCAGCAGCAGCUGUUCCUGCUGCUGCAGCAACUGAUGGGCCACAAGCAAGGCCCCCAUUCCUUCCAGGCAGCUGUGGGAGUCCUCACCAGCAGCAGCAACAGAAGCAACACGAGCCGCAGCAGCAGCAGCUGCAGCAGCAACAGCUGCAGCAGCAACAGCUGCAGCAGCAGCAGCUGCAGCAGCAACAGCUGCAGCAGCAACAGCAGCAGCAGCAGCAGCAGAGCCGGCUCGUUCUGCCACCUGCCCUGUCGAUGUCUCCGCACUUCAGGCGAAACCGCCGCAGCCCCAGCGUCACGGAGCUAAAUGUUGUUGGCAGCAGCAGCAGCAGCAGCAGCAGCAGCGUUACUCGGGGGAAGGUAGCAUGCAGCAGCGAGUCUGACUCCCCUGAGUGUCUCUUGUCUCCUUCAGGUCGCCGCUACGUGCUGCUGCGGCUGCACCAGAAAACUCUCUUUGGCCCUCUGUAUGAGGGUUUGCUGCUGCUUGGCAGCAGCAACAGCAGCAGCAGCAGCAGCAGCAGCAGCAGCAGCAGCAGACACAGGUUCAUGCGAGUGGCGGUGAAAGCUGUGGAGAAGAGGUUAGUACAGCUUCAGCUGGAGCAAGCUCAAGCAGCAGCAGAGGGAAGGCCGGUCUCCAGUGAAGCAGCAGCAGCCGCAGCAGCAGCAGCAGCAACAGCAGCAUGUCGAGACAAAGAGCUGCACUUGCUGCUGCACCUAGUCCCGGAGACGCCGCUUGCUGAAGUCUUCUUCUCUGAAUGCCUGCAGGGGCUCCCGCAUGUUCAUUCACCUCUCGAAGCCUUUGAGGAUGAGAGACACUUUUAUAUUACUUCUCGAUGGGCGCAUGGAGGAGACAUGCUGGAGCUGCUGCAGCUAGCUGCUGCUGCUGCUGCACCCCACUGUGCCCAGCGGAGAGUGCGUUCGCCGUCUCCAGCAGCAGCAGCAGCAGCUGCUGCUGCUGCUGCGCUCUCUGCUGCAGGGGGAGCCAUCGCCAAUGCUGUUGCUGGGGCCUUGCCCAUCAAUGUACGCCGCGCUGCUUCUGCUGCACUGAGCCCCUUUUCAGCAGCAGACAAACUUGCAUCCAGCAGCAGCAGCAGCAGCAGCAGCAGCAAUAGCAACAACAGCAACGGCCUGCAUUCGCCCAUGAAAAAAACAGGCUCAAGGCUUUCACCCUCCUCCGCCUACUGCAGCAGCAGCAGCAGCAACAGCAGCAGCAGCAGCAGCAGCAGCAGCAGCAGUGAAGAGACUUGCGGAGGUGUCUCCGAAGGUGUGGGGCGCCGUCUCCUCUUUCAGGCUUUGCUCGGUCUCUGUUCGUUGCAUCGCCGUGGCAUUGCCAUGCAGGACUUUAGCUUAGAAAACUGUCUCCUUUUCCUCUCGCCCCCAGCAACCAGCAGCAGCAGCAGCAGCAGCAGCAGCAGCAGCAGCAGCAGCAGCAAGGUGCAGCAGCAAGACGAGGAGGGACUCCCCAAUGAAGACUGGGAAGUUGUUGUGAAGAUCUGCGACCCAGGACAGGCUGCUUGCUUCCGGGUGAAGCCGUCGCCUAGCUGCUGCUGCGGUGCAGCAGCAGCAGCAGCAGCAGCCGACGGUUUGCUGCACUGCUGCUGCCCAGGAGCAAAAGAGGAGCUCACCCCUUACACAGGAAGCUUUGGUAAGGCCUUCCGGCCUCCUGAGAGUUUUCCUCUAGAGGACAGCAGCAGCAGCAGCAGCAGCAGCAGCAGCAGCAGCAACGGGCUCCCUUAUUUGGCUUCUCGCGUAGACAGUUGGUGCUUUGGCUGGAGCGCCUUUUACUUGUUGACGGGGCAGCCCCUCUUCAAUCGUGCUGCGCCCCUCGAAGCUCUUUCAGCAGCAGAAGCAGCAGCAGCAGCAGCAGGACCUACUGCAGCAGCAGCAGCAGAAGCAGCAGCAGCAACAUCGGGUGCUCCUGCAGCUGCAGCAGAUUCUCAUGACUCCACGCGGACCGCCGGCGGCCUGCUGCGCACCUUUGCCGGAGCAAAGCAGCUGUUUUCUGUCUCCUCUGCAGCAGCAGCAGCAGCUGCAGCAGCAGCAGCAGCAGCAGGUGCAGCAACAAAUGCAGGGGCUGAGCCGUGGAGACGGUGUUUGCUGCUGUGGACAGGGAGAGCAGCAGAGGUCUGGGAGGAGAUGGGUGUCUCCUCUCUGUCUCCGUCUUUCUUCGAUUUGCUGCUGCAGCUCUUAAAGCCUCAAGGAAGAGACAGGCUGCCCUUGACAGAAGCACUCAAGCACCCUUGGUUUGCCCCGCUGCAGCAGCAGCAGCAGCAGCAGCAGCAGCAGAAGCCAGCCUGGACAGUCCGCCUGGGGGAGGUGCCCGAGCUGCUGCAAGCGCUGCGGCAGAAAGGGUCUUUCAGACCUUCUGCUGCUGCUGCUUCUGUUGCUUCUGUUGCUGCUGCAUCUGGCAGCAACAGUCGGCCCCCCCAGUCGCCAACCGCUGCAGCGACGCAGCGGUGGUGCGAAGUGUUUGCUGCAUCUGCUUCUGCUGCUGCUGCUCCUGAUAUUCACGGUGUACGUACACCGCAAACCGAAGCAACAAUUAUCCCUCAUAGAUUCCAAGGAGUGCUGAAGCAGCAGCUCUGCAGAGAGGGAAGGCCCUCGCACACGCUGCUGCUGCAAGGACAAACCAGACAGCAACAGCAGCAGCAGCAGCAGCAGCAGCAGCAGCAAGCGCAGCUGCAACACAGGAUACAAAAGGAUCAAGUGCAGCCUCUACCUUUUAGCCAGCUUCAGACGCAACAGCAAAGUCGACAGCAGGAGAUACAGCAGCAGCAGCAACAACAACAACAACGGUUGCAGCAGCAACACCAGCAGCACCAGGAGCCGCAACAGGAGCAGCAGAAACACCAGCAGCAGCAGCAACAGAAGCAGCAGCAACACCAGCAACCGCAACAGCAAGACGUGCGCCCGCAUGAACAGCAGAGGGAGAUUCCGCUGCAGCAGCUGCAGCAUAAGCAAGACCAUCUACAGCAGCAAAUGGGGCAGGACAAACUGCUGCAGCAGCCCGAGCAGCAGCUGCAGCGGCGGCUGCAAGGAGAAGCCCCAAAUCCAGUGGUGGAACUCCGCAAGCAGCAGCAGCAGCAGCAGCAGAGGCAAGAGCUGCAGCAGCAACAGCAACGGCAGGAGCAGCAGCAGAAGGAAGCUACCUUGAAAGCAGUACUCAGUCGAAGCACCAUCGCGUGGGAGCCGCAGCUGCCAGGAGCAGCAGCAGCAGCAAUAGGAGACGGUCUCCUUUCACGUAUGGAGCAGAUGCAGCUGCUCGAGCAGCAGCAGCUGCUGCAGCAGCAGCAGCAGCAUCUUGUGAGGCAGCAAAACCUGCAGAGACACCACAGAUCCACCUGUCGAGCGACACCGGAAGGCGCUCUGGAGAGACUGCCCUCUCUUACCCUCUUGCACUGUGGCAUGCAGCAGCAGCAGAUGCAGCAGCAGCAGAUGCAGCAGCAGCAGAUGCAGCAGCAGCAGCAGAUGCAGCACCGGCACUGGCAACAGCUGGAGCAGUUGAAGCAGAUAGAGCAGCAAGUAGAGGCCCUAACCAGCUGGAGCGCAUCGAGGAAUCAGCAGUAUCCGCAGCAGCAGCAGCAACAGCAGCAGCAGCAGCAGCAGCAAUACCAAACUGCCCUUCGCCGUCUCCACGAGCUUAUUGCUCUUAGGGAUCAACUUGAGAAACAACUGGAAGAACAAACAGCUAAAGACACCGCGCUGCAGCGCCAGCAGCAGCAGCAGCAGCAACGCCAGCAGCAGCAGCAAUACCCGAAGCAACCGCAGCUAAACAAGCGGCAGCAGCAGCAGCAGCAGCAGCACAAUCGUCUCCGAAAGGGGCAGCCUGGGAGGGGUCGUGAGACGGGCGCACGAAGGAGCCGCGGAGUCCAUACACCUGAAGGCUCCAGGGCAGCAGCAGCAGCAACAGCAGCAGCAGCAGCAGCACGAACAACCCUCGUGAGGUCUGUGAGAAAGCCAAGGCCUCCAUCUGCCACUUUAGAAGCAGCAGCAACAGCAGCAGCAACAGCAGCAGCAUCAGCAGCAGCAAGAGCCUGCUCGAUCCAUGACUCCCCCAGCGUUUCUGCUGCUGCGUGCAGCGAGGCGUCUUCAUCGGAGACCACCACAGCAGCAGCAGCAGCUGUUGCUGCAGCAACAGAGCCUGAAGCACCCUCAGCAACAGCUACAGCAGCAACAACAACAGCAGCAGCAGCAGCAGCAGCAGGGCUGCAAAAGGGGGUUGUCCCCUUGAGCGUGAAUGCUAUUGAAGGGGGUUUCUUGUCUCCUGAGGCCCUCGAUGCAUCAUUGUCUGUCUCCUCAGCUCCAGGUGUCUCUGCAGCAGCAGCAGCAGACACCGGGGCCCCCCUAACCCACAAUGAGGGGGGGGGGCCCUGGCUGGGGGCCCCCAGACUGGGGGGCCCCCACAGCUGCGAGGCCCCGCAGCAGUUUUAUAUAUACACCCCACCAGGAGAUCAAAGAAACUUGCAAGUGUCUCCUUGUCUCCUCUCUGGCAAUGAACUCAGCUCUGAUGCUGUCUCCUCGCCCUAUAGCAGCAGCAGCAGCAACAGCAGCAGCAGCAGCAGCAAUAGCAAUAGCAGCAGCAGCAACAACAGCAGCCCGCUAAAGGCAAGAGGCAUGAUGCAUAUAGAAGACUACAGAAAUACAAUUCCCUUGGCGCCUCUAAGACCUUCACCCAACUACCAGCAGCAGCAGCAGCAGCAACAGCAGCAACAGCAGCAGCAGCAGCAACAACAACAACAACAGCACUUGAAUGACCAGCAGCAGCAGCAACCUGACGGCAGCACAGGAAUUGCCUGUGGCCCUGUACAUCCCAAUAAGCUAACGCUGCCCUUGCUGCGGCGGUGUUCGCAGCAGCAGCAGCAGCAACAGCAACAGCAGCAGCAGCAGCUACAGCAGCUGCAGCACAAGAUCAGCGGCCCGCAAGAGGAGCAGCAGCACGAAGGCCCUUCUGUCUCCACAGAUCUUUCUACAUGCCAACAUACACCCAGAGGCACUCUAACAGCGCCCCCGCCACAGCAGCAGCAACAGCAGCAGCAACAGCAGCAGCACUUCCAGCAGCAGCACUUCCCCCAGCAGCACUUCCAGCAGCAGCACUUGCCACAGGAGCAGCUGCAGCAGCAGAAACAGCACCAGCAGACUCUACCCACCCGCCUUGAGUCCAGGGAGGCAACGUCAACUGCAGCAACAGCAGCAGCAGCAGCUGCUGCUGCUGCUGCUGCUUCACAGCAGCAUCAGCAAGGGGGACACUGCUUGCCACUUCCAGGGAUGCCGCAGCGGCUAGCUAGCUGCCCUCCACAAGGACAGCAGCAGCAGCUGCUGCUGCUGCAGCCAGCAGCUGUUCUGGUUCCUCAGAAAGUUCCCGUUGCUGUUUGUCCCCUACCGCUGCAGCAGCAGGAGCAGCAGCAGCAGCCUGCUGCAGCAGCAGCACUGGUAUGGACCCCACAGCUGCCGCAGCAGCAGCACGUGCCUGUAUGCUGCAUGUCCCCAGUAGCUGCAGCAGCAAUCCCUUUGAGGCCUGCGAUGGCUGCUGCAGCAUACGGGGCCCUCGGAGUCCUCCCAGCAAGGCGGCAGCAGCAGCAGCAGCUACAACAGCAGCAGCAGCAGGAAGGGGAGGCCCAAGCUGUUGCUGCUGAGCACCACCGCAGCUACCGAGAUAUGUUGCAGCAGCAGCUCUUGCUGCAGAAGCACUACUCCGAGCUGCUGAAGCAGCAACAAGAGAUGCUGCUGCACCAGAAGCAGCAACAGACCUCAUGGCGGCGGCGGCAGCAGCAGCAGCAGCAGCAGCAGCAGCAGCAGCAGCAGCAACAUCACGGACCCCAGAAUUAG